AUGAAAAACUUUGACGAUGAGCUAAACUUCCCUAAGAUGGAGGAGGAGGUGAUGGCGCUCUGGGAAAAGGUGGAUGCAUUCCGCGAGUCUCUCAAGCAAUCCGAGGGAAAGAAGGCGUACACCUUCUACGACGGGCCGCCGUUCGCGACGGGCUUGCCACAUUACGGUCAUCUGCUGGCUGGGACGAUCAAGGAUAUCGUUUGCCGUUAUGCCCACCAGACGGGGCACCACGUGGAGCGCCGUUUCGGGUGGGAUUGCCACGGACUCCCCAUAGAGUUUGAGAUCGACAAGGAGCUCGGCAUUAAGACUUCACACGAUGUGAAGAAAUUGGGCAUCGACAAGUACAACGAGGCAUGUGAGAAGAUUGUGAUGCGUUACUCCUCGGAGUGGCGCAAGACGGUGAGUCGCAUGGGACGCUGGAUCGACUUUGACAACGACUACAAGACCAUGUAUCUCUCGUACAUGGAGAGUAUUUGGUGGGUCUUCAGGGAGCUAUGGGAAAAAAAGCUCGUGUACCGCGGCUUCAAGGUGAUGCCCUACUCUACCGGUUGCACCACUCCAAUUAGCAACUUUGAGGCUAACUUGAACUAUAAAGAUGUGAGUGAUCCUUCUCUGAUGGUGACAUUCCGGACGAAGGAUGACCCGAACACCUACUUAAUUGCGUGGACAACAACGCCGUGGACGCUGCCGAACAACUUGGCCCUUUGUGUGCACCCCGACGUGGAUUAUGUGAAGGUACUCGAUGCCCGCACAAAGCGGCACUACAUCGUUGGUGAGUUGCGUCUUGGUGAAGUGUAUCCAAAAAGGAAGGGUGAUAAUAAAGGUGCAGAGGAACCACAGUACACAAUCGUCAGUCGCAUGAAGGGUAAGGAUCUUGUGGGGACCAGAUACGAACCAUUGUUUCCGUAUUUCAAAGAGGCAUAUGAGGCAAAGGCGUUCCGCGUGGUCAGUGACACGUAUGUGACAACAGACAGUGGUACAUGUGUUGUGCACCAAGCACCUGGAUUUGGUGAGGAUGACUACCGCAUCUGUAUCGCCAACGGUAUCCUGACCAAAGAGGAAGUGCUCUGCACUGUUGAUGAGAAUGGUGAAUUCACUUCCGAAGUGAAAGACUUCAGUGGCCGCUAUGUGAAGGAAGCUGAUUCGGACAUCCUCAAAUACCUGGAGGCACAUGGUCUGGUGCAUAGUAAAGGAUCUGUUGUGCAUAGCUACCCUUUCUGCUGGCGCAGUGAGACACCGCUCCUCUACAAGGCUGUUGAUUCCUGGUUUGUUAACGUGGAGUCGAUUCGCGAUCGUCUCUUGGCAGCUAAUGCCAAGACGGAGUGGGUGCCAGACUUUGUCAAGACACGACGAUUCUCCAACUGGCUGGAAGAUGCCAAGGACUGGAAUGUGUCCCGCAAUCGCUAUUGGGGCACGCCGCUUCCCGUCUGGCACAGCGAAGACUGGGAAGAGGUUGUGUGUAUUGGAAGUAUUGCAGAGCUUGAAGAACUUUCAGGUGUGAAGGGUAUCACCAAUAUUCACCGACAGUUUGUAGAUAAUAUCACCAUCCCGAGCAAGCGACCCGGAAUGCCGCCACUGCGACGCGUCGAGGUGGUGUUUGACUGCUGGUUUGAGUCUGGCUCAAUGCCGUAUGCGCAAUUCCACUACCCAUUUGAGAAGAAGGAGGACUUCCUGAAGAACCGUUUCCCAGCAGAUUUCGUGGCGGAGGGAUUGGAUCAAACGCGUGGUUGGUUCUAUACACUGCUCGUUCUUGGUGUUGCCCUUUUUGACGUCUCGCCAUUCAAGAAUGUUGUCGUCAAUGGCCUGAUCCUUGCAGAGGAUGGAAAAAAAAUGAGCAAGCGACUAAAAAAUUACCCGGAGCCGUCGAUUGUGAUUAAUACAUAUGGUGCGGAUGCGCUUCGUAUGUACAUGAUUAACUCGCCUGUGGUGCGCGCAGAGCCACUGCGUUUCCGCGAGCUGGGCGUCAAGGGUAUCGUCAAGGAUGUCAUGUUACCUCUCUUCAACGCGGCCAAGUUCUUCAUUGCUAAUGCCAAUUACUGCGUACAGGCCGGCGGAACUGUGUCUACUGAAAUUACCAGCUCCAAUGAAAUGGACCGUUGGAUUCUUGCUUCCACACAGACGCUGCAACAGUACGUGAGGCGGGAGAUGGAGAAAUACAAUUUGUUCAACGUCAUCCCUGGUGUUCUGCGCUUCGUGGUGGAUCUCUCCAACUGGUACGUCCGCAUGAACCGGCGUCGUAUGAAGAACACCGUGGAUCAGGAAGACCGCGCACAGGCCCUCUCCACAAUGCUGACGGUUCUUUCCUCUGUUACCCGCAUCAUAUCGCCUAUUGCCCCAUUCGUUGCGGAGGUUCUUUACCAGCGCAUUAAGCCACUCCUGCCAGCGGCACAGCAGGUGGAUUCUGUGCACUAUCUCAUGUUCCCCGAAGAUGACAUGAGCCGACACGACGAGGCCCUGGAGCGUGCCAUGACGCGCAUGAUUACCAUUGUGAACCUUGUGCGUGUGCUGCGGGACCGCAUGGUGAUCCCCAUGAAGCGGCCAGUCCGACAGGUCAUCAUUAUCCACCCUGAGGAGUCUUACCUGAAUGAUGUGCGCAAGGUGGCCGAGUACAUCAAGGAUGAGGUAAACACCUUUGAAGUAACCCUUUCUUCCGGUGACGAGUACGUCACGACCCAGCUGGACGCCAACAUGGAGGCGCUGGGAAAGCGCUACCGCAAGGAAGCUCCUCAGAUUCGCAAGGCCAUCCAGGCGAUGACACCGGAGUCGGUGGCGCAGUUCCUCAAGAAUGGACAGGUUGAGCUGUGUGGGAAAGACAUCUCACUCGACGACGUGAAGGUGCUGCGCAAAUUCAAGGAGGGCAUCACAGACUUCGAGAGCAACACCGAUAACGACGUGGUGGUGCUUGUUGAUAAGCGCGAGGACAAGGCUCUUGGAGAUUCGUGGCGAGCACGUGAGUUUGUGAAUCGUGUGCAGCAACUGCGCAAGAAGGCCAAACUCGUUGUGACGGAUAUGAUAGACGUCUAUUUUGAAGCCGAAGACGCGGAACUGACAAGCUCUAUUCUAAGCUGCGCGGAGCAGGUGGACAAGACGGUGAAGGGCAAGUGGGCGACGAUGGAGCACCUUCCAGCGGGUGCGAGGUUGAUUGCCGAGGAGGACAACUCCAUCUCCGGUGUCGGCAUUAGGAUUGUCUUCACGCAUCCAUGCUCUUGA